AUGCGCCGUGACAGCAAUAACCCGGAAGACUCGGAUUCUUCCAAUUCCGACAACGAUCAUGACUUAAUUUGUUGGAAGAACUGUGUUAAACUAAUUAAAAAUGCCUUUCCGAGUCAUUUUAAAACAACUACAGACUAUAACACAGAAACACAAACGGAAAAUAGACCGCUAGGACUUCAAACUUUGGGUAAGAAAUCUACUUCUUCAGACACAACAAAAGGCUUACCGAUCGGGCCUUCAGUGCUACAGAAUUUCGCCAACAUUAACCAGGAAUUAGCCAACAAGAAAAACAUGAAUGACACUAACUUCCUGUUAAGACCAAAACGAUCGUUCACGUCCCUCAAAGAAGAUGAACACUUCUAUAAAAAAUCCAUUUUGAAUGGGACAACUAAGGAACUUAUUCCACAUUCCAUGAAACUAUCAGAUUUGGCUUCAACUUCUUACCAGCUUCCAGCCAAACAUCACAAACUGUUGGAAGAAUCAGCGAGAGCUCCUCUUCGUCAUCUGUCUCACACUGAAUGGAUUCUAGGGACAACAGGGAAAAUCAUUGCAGAGAAUUUCCCUGAAAAUGAGGAUCUCGUCAAUCUUAUUACAACAGCUUCAACUAUGGUAAAUAAAGCUACAAGGGACACCAUUUCAAAUGUCACAAACGUCAUACUGACUCAAAGGGACAGGGUAAGCUCCAAGUUCAGGAAGUCAGACGCUGAAGCCCUUAGGAAUCUCCCCAUCGACACCAAAUUUUUAUUUCCUGAAGAGGAUUUAAAAAAUAUCUGUGAAGGAUCGGAUAAAUCUAAAACCUCAAAAGCGCUACAAGAUUUAGCUUCAAACUGGAAAAAUCGAAAACAGAAUUAUGAUAAAUCCAGUAAUAACAACUCCAACAGAAGUAGUAAUCAACAUUCCAACUUUAACAGGAACAACUUCAACAACAACAACAACAACAGAAACAACAACAGAAACAACAACAGAGGAAACUUCUCUGACCGUUCUACUUCUACAAAAUCCAACAACAAUAACAACAAAUCAGGCUUUAAGAAGCGUAAAUGA